GCUUCGUUUGGUCCGUCGUGGUGUGGUUUUGGAUUUAGCCGUGAAGUGGUUUCCGGUUUCCUAGAGAUCCUGUGUACCUUGUUUCUCGACUAUUCUUCUCCUCCCUUCUGGUAUUUGCUUCAUGAUCUUGUCGUGAUUGUGAGCACGGCCGGGCCGGCCUUUCGUUUCUUCUCGUGUGUUAUUCCUAUUGUUCCUCCCUCCACUCCGUCUACAUCGACGAACAUAGAAAUUUCUUAUUUUGACUUUGGCGACUGGAAUCGCCUAUACACCUUCAUGAGACCAUGUCGUCGCCCUUCCCCGUAUCGACUAUUAAUAGGAGGAUAUGUACGAUAGUGCCUAAAGGCUCGGGUGGGGGAGUAGCGACGACAACAUCGAUAUCGACUACUUCAAGCUCGACUUUGACCUCAAUCUCAAGUUCAAGCUCAGCUUUAACGUCAGCUACGACGAUUUCUACGUCAACAAUAUCCUCAACAUCUUUGGCCUCCUCAUCAACUUUAGAAACCAUACCUAAUCCAGCGGUCCCCGAUACCUUCAUCAAUGUGCCAGCUCCCUCGACAUCCACAAGCACUACUUCAGAAAUUCUUACUACAUCGACAUCUGCGUCGGGCGUAGCCUCGAGCGUUCUUAGUACCCCUUCAGAAAUUAUAUCAAGCAGCACGGAAUCCACAAAUCCAGCAGCGACAGGCCAGUUUGGAUCUUCAAAUCCUGCUACAGACGUGGCGACGGGCACUGGCAGUAAUAAUGCUAGUGGGGGUGCAAUCAGCACCCAGACAACCGUGGCCGUUGCGGGGGGUGUGAUAGGAGGCUUAGCUUUGCUCUCGAUCAUUGCUUUCCUGUUCUGGUUUUGGAGGAAACGACUAAUGAAAAAGCGGCGCAGUACUAUUCUUACGCCUUUAAACACUGACUCUCCCUACCGUCGCGGUGAUAUGGGACCCUAUGUCUUCAGCCGCACCUCGCUCGGCCCAACGAGCAUCCCAGAAAAGAUGAGAGCCGCAGUGGGUUAUAAUUAUAGCAAGUUUCGGGGACGUGUCAGCGGCCUAGUUUACCGUAGUCCGAAGCCAAGCGUAGACCUGAACCGUGGAAACUCGCAGUUUGGUCUACCGGACACGCCCGCAACCCGGUCAACUUCGGGGGCCGGUAUGGCUAAUAACGACGCAACAACACUGAAGGGUCGAUUAGUAGAUUGGUGGGGACGACUGACUGAGAACGGCGGAUUCGCCUCAAAAUUUCGCAAUGGCUCAAAGAAUGAGCAGACCAAUAAUGACACCUACACCAGUAUAUCCAACACCGCGCGAACUGGAAGAAGGGGGUCCCAACCCAAUUUUCUAGGCCUGUUAAGCAUGGAGGAGAAACAACAACGAGGGUCUAAUAGUAACCCGCGCCGCUCCCAGUCCCUUGGUAACGACCCAUUACUCGGUUCUCUCGGGCUGAACUUCGACACGGAAAACCCCUUUGCAGAUUCGAAUGCCAUGAGCCACGAUUCAGCCAAGGUGAUGCCCCUCGCGGUAUCAGCAGGUGCGACCGGGAAUCCAUUUUCUGAUGCAAAUGCCAUUCCAGCGCCUGCGAAAUCUGCCAAUAACAACAGCAGUACAGCCGGCGGACCGGCGACCUACGUCCAAAAUAUUCGCCGCUCCCGGGGCUACAGUACCAGUGCCGCCAACUCGCAGCUACCCAGUGGAGUCAGAGCAAGCCGCAUGCCGAGUGUGUACCGCGACUCAAUCAUAAGCAUCGACACAACCGAUACGCGGCGGAAUAAGUUCCGUUCAGACCCGUUUGAUCUAGAUAGACCCGAGCUCUUGGCACAGUCGUCAGCAGCGAGCCCCCAGGGCGCAGUAGACAGCGGGCGAGACAGUAGAUACGGCCGACAGAGCAAUGGCCGUGGCCUCCCAAACAGGCCGCGGCCGACUCACACGCGCACAGAGAGCAUCGGAUCGAGGUACUCGAGCGGUGUGAGUAGCUUGGGCGAGUGGAGCGAUCCGGGUCCGGACGUCGGGCCUGCAGCCGGACGCUGGGUGCCUAGUCCCGACAGCAUGCUGGGACGGCAACCAUCGGUCAGAGAUGGGGGUUCCGGCAACAAGCGGAACGUUGGCAAAGCCAUCUGAUAAAUGAAUCUUCGACCCAAUAUCCCUAGUCUGCACUAUCUACGCACCUAUCUACCCAUCCUGGUAUCAUCACAAGUCUUCAACCACGACACACAAUACUACAUAACUCAAAUAUAAUGUUUUUACCUCACUAGCAUUACAUUACCCAGUCUGAUCAAUUUUCUUCAUUCUCCCACUUGGUUCGGCAUGGGUCGGGGCGCGACAAUACCUGGCUCGGUGCUUACAGGAGUUUUUGUCUAUUCGCUUGAUUUUAUUUCUUUCUCUUCGAUAUU